CAAGCCAUUCUUCCACUUCCAAGCUACCGCCAUCUUGCAACGCCGUUGUGUACAAACACCAACAAAAACCAUUUUCCGAUUGAGAUAUAACCAGCACGAACACUCAAGAGUUUGGCAACCCGUCGUUCAACAUGGCCACCGCAACAGAGCGCAUCCACGCCCUGAACCCCUUCUCCAAGAGGGAGUCUCAUAGCGCCAGGACCAUCACGACGUACAAGGUCCUGACUAUCCUGAGUUGGCUCUUGGCCCUCAUCGUCACCUUCUACUACACCGUCAACGAGCCCCGCGAUGGCUUCACGAUCCGCAGGAGAAUCUGGGACCAGAACUACCUGUACCCCACCGCCUUCACACUGAACUCGGUCAUCGUUGACAUCUACUGGGUCGUCCUAUUCAUCUUGCAAAUCGGCUAUGUCGCCCACCUCUUUUCGAGCAAUAGCGACUAUGUCAAUGCCGCCGCAAGCGUUGGAUCCCACUUUAUCUUGAACAACCUUCUGCACUUCGCCUUUGUCAUGCUCUUCGUCAACUCCCACUUUGUCUGGGCCGAGAUCAUUCUGCUCAUCAACUUCGCCAACCUGUCGUCGUUGUACUUCCGCCACAACACGUACCCGCGCUUCAUUCACUGGCCGGUCGUUUCCGCUCCUCUUGCGUGGACAUUUGUGGCUAUCUACUGGAACGGUGCCAUAAUGGUCCCCCACCCCCACAGCCUGGUUGCCCGCAUCUUUGGCAACAUCUUCAUCUGGUCUAUCCUCGUCUACGGUGGUUUCUUCAUCGUCGCCUACAAGGACUACACCAUUGGCUUCUCCCUCAGCGUUCUGGCUGCCGCCAUUGGUGUUGCUCAGUUCCACCGUCAAUUCAUUGCUUUCCAGUGGAUCUUUGCCUUCACCAUCAUGGCCGUCCUGUUCGUUUCGACGAUCGUCGUUGCCUAUCCGGCUGCGAGUGGCAAGGACUACCCCUGGAGGAGCCGCUCUUCGGCCCCUGCCGACCAGGAGCGCGCUCCUCUUCUCUCCAACGACCAGUAAAGUCGUUCAGCUUUUCACCAAUAACAUAACGUCGAAAUCUGUGGGAAUGGAGUGGACUUUGUAAUGAUUGAGGCACCCUUCGAGCCAAGAACAGAUGCAGGUAGUGGAGUGGAGAUUGUGGCCGAGAAGCUCGUGUGGCAGAAUUGCGGGCUCCAAAAUUCCUAGUGGUACCGAGAGAUUGCUACGACGACAAAACUGUAUGGUAUGGUAUGUACAUAGCAUUAUUUACGGUUACGCAUCCGCAGAGUACGUUAAUUACCUCCGUGUUGUGAUUUGGAUUGAGCGAUGCAAAUGUUGAGAGAUGACGUAUCGGCAGUCUUAUCGCUAUCGUUAUCGCUUUGACUCUGCUUAUCGUUAUACACUAGUCUUAGUAGAGAAUGGUUGUUUCUCUC